AUUUCUGUUCUAGAGGCCCGUUACCGGGUGAAUGGAGUCGGUCCAGAGCCCAAGUCCAAGAGCUUCCUCCUCCUCCUCCUCCUCCUCCUCCUCCUCUUCUUCUUCUUCUUCUUCUUCUAGUUUCGUUCUCUGGUCGACCGCGACGGACGCUUCCGAAGGAAAAAUGGCGGCUUUUCUACCGGAUGAGUUGUGGAGGCACAUCCUCGAGGUUGGCGUCAAAAGCCCCACGAAAUCGUUGAGCUACAAAGAGCUUUGCUGCGUCUCGAUCUCCUGCCGACGCCUCCGCCGACUCUCCCGGGAGGACUCUCUCUGGUCCCACCUCCUCUCCUCCGAUUUCCCUCCGACCUCUCAAUCAUCUUCGUCCUCCGCGUCUUCUUCUUCUCCUUCGUGUAAGAUCUUGUACCAAAUCAGGUUCGAGAGGGACAGAGAGAAGAAGAGAGCGGCUCACAGGAGGGCCGUGAUGAGGAAGGAGAGCCAAAUCUCCGAGCACCUCAGGAGGCUUCGAGACAUCGAGGCUUCUCUGGCGCGAGAGACCGACAAGCUCAAGGCCUCUGCUUCUGAAUUGUCGAAUUUGCAUAAGGUCAGGCAAGCCUCGGUGGCUUUGAAUGUGUGGCAGCCUGAGGUUGUUAGGGGGAAGCAAAAGCAGAUAGUAUCUCAAUGUGCCGUGCCUGUCGAGUCUCGAAUCAGUGCGGUGGACAUGGAGUUUAGGCUCUGCAAGCAACAAAUUGCCAUGUUGCGCAAGUCUUAUGAAGAGGAGAGGAGAAGGCUUGAUGCAGCAAAGCGGGAGUUGGAGUCAAUUGCGUAUCAUCCUUUGCGGAGUUGUGAGCGAACAAGUUCCAUUUUAGGCGGCUCUAGUAGUAUGAGGAAGAAGAUCAAGAGAUGCAUAGAUGUGAAAGCAUCGCCUAUUUCUUGUUUACGUUCAUCUAUGUGCUUAUCUUGCUUUCGAACUACAUGCCUUAUGUAUGACCCUAGAGUUGGCCACAAAGGGAGCAGUACAUUCGGGAUAUCUGCAGGUGAGGGUGCUUUUGGGGGCUGUGAUAUUUAAGCUUAAGCAUAACUUGUGCUCAAAGUUGAAGCUGAGAGAUUUUUCCAUCCCAGAUACACUUGGCUUUUUGGUUUUGGUACUUGCACUAAGCCUUGUCACUCCCUGAGGCCAAUUUUGAUGUUUUUAGAUUUUAUGAGGUGUGAAAUCUGAUUAGUGGCCAAAUAAAUCACCGACUGGUUGGAUAUUAGUUGUCCUGCGUCC